AUGAGAGGUAUGAGGCCAAAAACAACCAUUAAAGUCAUUAGCAAGAGAGACAGCAGGUAACACGAGGCCCGUGAGUAAGAGCCCCGCCAGCGCCCGCGGGAGGAACGUUUUCAGGCUCGAGACUCGCACUCGGGCACAUCAUUGCGACUAUUUUGACAUUUUUUCGACAUUUUUGAUGUUCCUCCCGAGCUAUUUUCAGAGGCAAUACCAACGCCUGAUUCAGGAGGAUCGGAAUUAUAGAACGAGGACUUUUUGAUUUGUAGAGACCUCGUAAAUCAGAUGCAGAAGCCUGGGGGCUCUCCAUCAUGGCCGAGUUAGAGGAGACAUGGACGGAGAGGAACUUUUACGAGCGGCCUCUCUCUGUGUGGCUGCAGGAGGAUUGUGGAGAAGAGGACUUUAUUCUUCUUGACAUCUUCACAGCAGCUAGUAUUGGUUGUUGUCAGCGCGUGGGAGAUAUUAUUAAGAAGGACGAGAAAGCUGUUGGUUAUAAAAACAAGGGAGGAUGGACAGCCUUGAUGUAUGCAGCUUAUUAUGACCACACAGAUGUAGUAAAGGUACUUAUAGAAGCUAAUGCUUCAGUUCACCUGACCAACAACGCCAGAUGUAAUGCUCUGAUGUUAGCUGUUAUGUGUGGCAAUGAAUCCAUAGUAGAAACUUUGAUAAAGGCUGGCAGCAUCUUAGAAGCUCGAGAUAACUGGGACUGGACAGCUCUCUUUCAUGCAGUAAAUUCAGGGCAUCAUAGUGUGGUUGACACCCUCCUGAGAUAUAGAGCAAAUCCUAAUUCUUGUGAGCGAAGGACUGGCAUGACUCCCCUGAUGUAUGGAGCACAACAUGGUAACAGCAGCAUAGUCACAACAUUACUUAAAGGAGGUGCUUUAGUCUCUCACACAACACAUCAAGGACACACAGCUGCCAGGAUUGCUCAAGAUGCUGAUUAUCAUGCUAUUGCUGCUCUUAUCACACAGUGGGGUCUACAAGGUGAGAAUGGACCAAGCCUGCCAGAUGGUCCUGCAGCAGUCGAGGCACGUUUGUCACAACAGGCUCAACUGCAACCUCGAGGUAGAGGAAAUGCAGUUCCAUCUGUUGACAGUGCACGUGUCAUCCCCACGGAUCUUGAAACUUUGUUGAACCAGCUAGGCUUAGGCUCGUACAUGAGUGUCUUCAAAGAACAAGAUGUGGAUCUUCAGAUGUUUCUGACAUUAACAGAUCAGGAACUGAAAGAAUGUGGAAUACACAAACUGGGACCUCGACGCAAGAUGACUUCAGCCAUUGCACGAUGGCACAGCAAUGCACCAUUGUGGAACUCCCUGGAAUGUGCCUAUGCAGAUAAGCUUGAAGUUGAGAUGCAAGAGCUGGGUGUGAAGUUAACCGAAGCCAUGGAGACUAUACAGCAAACAAAAGCCCAGGUUUAUCAAGAACACAAUUUAAGAGUUGUGACGGAGGGAUGGAUAGUUGAAGCUCGUGGAAGGCUACAUGAAUGCCACCAAAGAUGCCAGAUGCUGCUUGAACAGAUGUCAGUCAUGCGGCACUGUACCUCGGUCCUGUCGGCCCAGUUCUCUCUCAUUCAACCGACUCUCAUUUCUCCUUUGGUCGAGAGUAUCAGCGUUGCUACAGCACAUAUUGAUGCUCUUUUGAAGCUGACAGAUCCAAGUGUUGCAAGAGGUCCCAGCAACCCCUCCUCUCCUCGCAGAAAUGGGCAUCAAGGCAGCUACCUAAGUGCCCCUCGCUGAUGGUGCAAUACUUUAUAUUGUCAGGCUAGUCAGAAAUAGUUGAAAUUGUAUUGUCAGAACUUAAUAUCAAGGCAUAUAUGUAUGGAGCUAAUUUUUUUCUUUUUUUUUUUUCUUAGUAAUACUUAUCAUCACAUAAGGAUACUGAAUUAUGAUACAUAAAAUAUAGGAAGACAUCCAUUCAAGUUUUUUCAAAGUUUUAUGGUAUAUAUAUAUUUUUUUUUUUGAGUGAUUCCCCUAUUUUUAAGUAUAGGAUGUUGAAGAUUAGAAAAGUAGGUCAAGAGAAUUAUUGUGAAGUUUGACAACAGACUUGGUGACAAAACAGUUCCUUGAAAAAUUAAAUGAACCUGAAAUUUCACACUGCCAAAAUGAUGUGUACCUGUUAAUAGUGUAAUAUUGCUGGUGUAUCAGUAGUGAUUAUAUAUUCUAUUACUAUUUUAGAUAGUUGAUUUUUAAAAAAAAAUUGCUUAUGGGACCAAAGUGUAAAUCCAUACAAGUGAACAGGCCAACAGAUUCUUUAUCUUGUGAUUUUAUAUACUUCAAUAGAGGUGUUGAAUUUUCCCAUUUAGAACUGUAUGGUUGAUAUUUAAAUACAUAAUAUGUAUAUAUUACACAUAAUACAUAUUUUUAUUUUUUGUGAGUGUGAGUGUAUAUGUGUGUGAGUGUGUGAGUGUGUGUGUGUGUGUGUGUGUGUG